ACAGGCAAUGAAUGGCACACCCGGAUGGCGGAAGUUGCGCGGCACUAUGAGCACAUUCAUGAAUGCUGUUACAGCGUGAAGUUAUUCGUACCGUAAAACACCCUGUGUUGUUACCAUCAGUUACAUGGUAAGGUUAACAGUAGAGGAGCGGAUGAAUUAGGGAUUUAAGAGCAGGCAUCUGCGAGUGGAAUAUCUGCGCUGCAAAGAUACAGUUAUGACUCCAUCAGUGCGUUUGCAGGAAAUGAUCCGGGUGAUCCGGAGUGCACGAACCCAGUGUGAAGAGAGGGGCAUCAUACAAAGAGAGUGUGCGGAUAUCCGGGCGCAGUUUCGCCAGAGUGACAAUGGGGAGCGUUCGCACAGCCUGGCCAAACUACUUUAUGUGCACAUGCUGGGCUACCCUGCACACUUCGGCCAGAUGGAGUGUGUUCGCCUGAUUGCAAGCACCAGGUACAGUGAGAAGCGGAUUGGUUACCUGGGAGCCAUGAUGCUCUUGGAUGAGAAGCAGGAUGCUAGCUUACUGAUUACCAACUCAAUCAAGAAUGACCUUUCCCACAGCAGCCAGUAUGUCCAGUCUCUGGCUCUAUGCACUCUGGCCUGCAUGGGUUCAGCUGAGAUGUGUCGAGACCUGGCACCAGAGAUCGAACGGCUCCUCAGGGCCUCUAACUCUUUCAUAAAAAAAAAGGCCACCUUGUGUGCUGUCCACAUAAUACGAAAAGUUCCAGAGCUUGGAGAGCUGUUCACUCCUUCAGCAAGGUCUCUACUCUCUGAGAAGAACCAUGGGGUUUUGCAUGGUGCUGUAGUUCUUAUCACUGAAUUGUGUGGGCAGAAUCGUGAUACUCUUGGUCAGUUUCGCAAGGCUGUUCCUGAACUGGUCCAGAUUAUGAGAAGUCUUGUAACAUCCAGUUAUUCUCCAGAGCACAACGUAGCUGGUAUCUGUGACCCCUUUCUACAGGUGCGCAUUCUUAGGUUGUUAAGGAUUCUGGGUCAUAAUAAUGACACAGCUAGUGAUGCCAUGAAUGAUUUGCUGGCACAGGUGGCCACAAAUACAGACAGCAGUAAGACUGCAGGUAGUGCUGUGCUGUAUGAAACGGUCCUAACUAUCAUGGACAUCAACUCGGAGAGUGGGCUAAGGGUGCUAGCUGUAAACAUUCUGGGGAGGUUUCUUCUUAAUAACGACAGGAAUAUUCGCUAUAUAUCAAUGACAUCACUCCAGAAGAUAGUGCAGACGGAUCAAAAUGCAGUGCAGAGGCACAGAGGCACCAUUGUGGACUGCCUGAAAGAUCAAGAUGCCUCUGUGAAACGUCGUGCUUUGGAUCUCUCACUUGCCCUUGUGUCGGCUGUGAACAUUCGCUCCAUGAUGAAAGAGCUUCUGAUUUUUCUUUCAACCUGCCCCCCAGAGCUGCGAUCUCAAACCGCUUCUGGCAUCUUCAACGCUGCUGAAAGGUAUUCCCCUUCUAAGCGCUGGCACAUUGAUACCAUCCUGCAUGUGCUCACUACGGCAGGGGGCGAUGUAAGAGAUGAGACCGUUCCGAACCUAAUCCAACUUAUCACUACUGCAUCUGAACUCCACAGUUACACUGUUCACAAGCUCUAUAGAGCGCUAGUAAAAGAUAUUUCACAGCAAUCCUUGGUUCAGGUAGCAUGCUGGUGCAUAGGAGAAUAUGGAGACCUGCUGCUGAAGGGAGAGUGUGAGGAGAUAGAACCUGUACAGGUUAAGGAGGAGGACGUCCUGGAUGCCUUGGAAACAGUUCUUCAAUCUCACAUGUCAUCGCCGACAACUAGAGGCUUCGCACUCACAGCUACCAUGAAACUGAGCACUCGCAUCACAGAAAAUGUAGACCGAAUCAGAAGUAUUGUCAGCAUCUAUGGCAGCUGCAUUGACUUAGAACUUCAGCAGAGGGCAGUGGAGUAUAAUGCCCUCUUCAAGAAAUAUGACCAUAUGAGAGCUGCAGUGUUGGAGAGAAUGCCUGUGAUGGAUAAAAACUCACCUGGCCACACCAAUGGAGACACAUCUGUAGAGACUAUUAAGGAGCCUGACACACCCAAAGCUGCAGUUUUGCCCUCAGAACCAGCAAGCCAGGUAUGUGACCUUCUGGGUCUUCUGGGUGAGACCGAUAUAAUUCUUCAGUCCAGCCCAGCCCCAACCAGCACUCCACCAACAUCUACCUCUAGCGCCGGAGAUAUUCUUGACCUGCUUGGAGAACUGGAGCUUACAGCAGUUCCUGCUGUGACUGUAUAUGAGAAGAACGGAGUGAGUCUGAAACUACAGUGUGAUAAACAAAUGGACACGGAUGUCACCAUCACCUUUAUUGCUUCCAAUUCCUCACUGAGUGACAUCACCAACUUUACCCUCCAAGCAGCAGUACCUAAGACACUCAAAGCGCUCUACAUAGUAUAGGGGGAAUCUCCUCAACCACCACCAGUGUGCAGCAUCCACCUGGAUGAUGCGACAGCAGCCAUAGUGCACUGUAACACCCACCACACACCAACUGUUGGUGAAGAGGGGAGUACAGUGAUGUAGCCAGUUCAUAUAUAUUGAGGAUUAUUAGGAAGCCAUGGAUAGAGGCCAAUGGGCAGUUUUGGCCAGGACACUGGGGUUCCACCCCUACUCUUUUUAUGAGAAGUGCCCUGGGAUUUUUAAUGACCACAGAGAGUCAGGACCUCGGUUUAACAUUUCAUCUGAAAGACUUUUAAUUUUUUACAGUAUAGUGUCCCCAUCACUAUACUGGGGCAUUAGGACUCACACAGACUGCAGGGUGUGCACCCCUUGCUGGCCUCACUAACACCUCUUCCAGCAGCAACCGUAGUUUUCCCCAGGAAGCCUCCCAUCCAGGUACUGACCAGGCUGACCAGGCUUCGGUGGGUAACCAAGCGAGAGCUGCAGGGUGAUAUGCUACUGGGAAAUAUUAGCUUGAAAAAUUUAUCUUAGCAAGGCAAAUUAGUUGGCCAUUUUAUUUCAAAAAGGUUAAAAAUUUAAUUUCCGUCACGGAAUUCUAUUAAACGAUACAGAAUUUGAGAUGUUCUGGAAAUUACACUGUGGUGGGUAGGGCUGGGUAUUGAUACAGAUUUCCCAACUCGAUUCCGAUCUCAAUUCAAUAUCUAUUCAUAUGGGUACAUUUCAAUGUUACAAUGUCCAUUUUGCUUACAUAAAAUAAAUUCUCAGCAAAUGCUCUUUGUGAUAAAGGAACCUUCUAGGCAACCAUUCUAGGUACAAUUUGGAAAUAUUAAUUUUACAAAUUAUAUUUUAUCAUUAGUUUUUCAUCAAAUUGGUCACAUUUUAGCCUUUGAACAAUUUUCAAAUGCAGUCUAUUCUAUCAGUUAAUGUCUUGAAAUUGCAUAUUUUAUGUUGCAUAUAUAUUUUUGUUACAUUUUUAUUGUUUGUUUGUAUAAUUUGUACUAUUUGCAUUGAUAUGUAGAACACACGCUUAAUCAGUACUGUCUCUUUAAGACCAGUGGCAUCAGCCAGUAAGCGCAUAUAACGAGAGAAGACGUGCAUAAUUUCUUCAGCGCAUCCAUGUGUGAUUAGAAUUAAAUAUGUAUUUUUUUGUUAUUUUCAAUCAACAACUGACUGUAAAAGCAGAAAGGUUUUUAAAAGAGACAUUAUUCAGUGACAUAUGGAUCCAUGGAUCUCGUCUUUGGACACACAGAACAAGUUAAACCAAAUUUUUACUCUAAACAUGAACUGAAAGGAUCUCUCUGAUAAUAACUUCAUCUUCACUAUACUACUUAAUCACUGCUAAGUGAAAUCUGAACAUUUACUCGCUAGCCAGUGGCUAAUCAUAGACAUUUUUAGUCGCAUAGCCUGAGAUUUGGUUGCACAUGUGAGUGAUUUACUUGCAUUAUAGAGGGUUGCCACAUAGAGGGAAAGAUUGAUCUUAGGAUUUAAAAAUCAUUAUCGAGAUCAUUCAUAGGAAGACCGCGAUGCAUCGGAAAAUCUAUAUUUUUACCCAGCCCUAGUGGUGGGAAUUUCAUGACUUUUCUGAUUUUUUUUAUUUAUAAUUAAUUAUUAUUUAUAAUUAAUAAUUUAAAAAAAUUAAUACAUUAAUUUUGGACAUUGUUAGUAGACUAAAAACUAUUGAGAGUUUAAAAAACAUUUUAAGACUUUAUAGAAGAUUACAGUGCUCGAAGUUGAAGAAACACAU